CACUCCCACUCAAAAUCCACGCGAUUCACACUUCCUAUCUCCUAAUCCCCUCUCUCUUCACAAUUUAUUCGAUCUAGGAUCACCCGAGGAAUGGAGGAUUGCUCGACGACUUUCACAGUGCCAGCGGCGGAUCCAGCUCCGGAGGCGGAGGACAAGGAGUUGUCGUGCCCAAUUUGUAUGCAGAUUAUGCAGGACGUCUUCCUAACCUCGUGCGGCCAUAGCUUCUGCUACAUGUGCAUCGUCACUCAUCUCCACAACAAGAGCGAUUGCCCCUGCUGCGCUCACUUUCUCACUCCCUCUCAGCUCUUCCCCAAUUUUCUCCUCAACAAGCUAUUGAAGAAGACAUCUACCCAUCAACUAUCAAAAUUAGCAUCUCCAGUAGAACAAUUUCGUCAUUCACUGGAACAGGGCUGUCAAGUUUCAGUGAAGGAGUUAGACUCUCUAGUGUCUCUGGUUACAGAGAAAAAGAGAAAAUUGGAACAAGAAGAAGCAGAGAGAAACAUGCAGAUUCUGCUGGACUUCUUACACUGCUUAAGGAAGCAAAAAGUUAAUGAACUCAACGAGGUGCAAAGUGAUCUGCAAUACAUCAAGGAAGACUUAAAUUCUGUGGAAAGACAUAGGAUAGAGCUGUACCAAGCAAGAGAAAGGUGUUCAGUUAAACUGAAGAUUCUCUCUAGUGAUCCUCUUGGAAUUAGAUCCCGCACUUCCUCUAGGCCAAUGGAUAGAAACAUGUCAGGCCCUGUGUCCAACUCUUACAACUUAAGAGGAAUUACUUCUAUGAACUUCCAGUUCACUAAAGACGAAGCGAAGGCUCAAGUUAAUAAUAUCCCUCGAACCCAGAGCAAGGAAGCUGCUCCGAGCGAACCAACUUCACAACAUAUGAGCCAAUCUGGUUUGGCAGUUAUGCGGAAAAAGCGAGUCCAUGCACAGUUUAACGAACUUCAGGAAUUUUACUUACAAAAGAGACGUCAAUUGGUCAACCAAAUAGAGAAGCAAGGACAUAAAGAUAACACCAUCAUUAGAAGAGAAGGUUAUAGUUCUGGUUUAGCAGAUUUCCAGUCAGUUCUAAGUACGUUUACUCGGUUCAGUCGAUUACGAGUAAUUGCUGAACUUAGACACGGUGACCUAUUCCACUCACCCAAUAUCGUUUCAAGUAUAGAGUUUGAUCGGGACGAUGAGCUGUUUGCUACUGCUGGAGUUUCACGGCGGAUAAAAGUUUUUGAUUUCUCAUCAGUUGUGAACGAACCUACAGAUGUGCAUUGCCCUGUUGUUGAGAUGACUACUAGAUCUAAGCUUAGCUGCUUGAGCUGGAACAAGUUCACGAAAAAUCACAUAGCUAGUAGUGAUUAUGAAGGCAUAGUAACUGUCUGGGAUGCUGGUACUCAACAAAGUAUCAUGGAAUAUGAGGAGCACGAGAAACGGGCAUGGAGUGUUGACUUCUCCCCAACAGAGCCUUCAAUGCUUGUUUCUGGUAGUGAUGACUGCAAGGUCAAAAUUUGGUGCACAAAGCAAGAAGGUAGCGUUCUCAACAUCGAUAUGAAGACUAAUAUAUGCUGUGUGAAGUACAAUCCCGAGUCCAGCAAACAUGUUGCGGUUGGCUCUGCUGAUCACCAUAUUCACUACUACGACUUGAGAAACCCCUGCCAUCCAGUCUCUGUGUUCAGUGGUCAUAAUAAGGCGGUUUCAUAUGUGAAAUUCCUCUCCAGCAACGAGCUUGCUUCUGCUUCAACAGAUAGCACUCUCCGGCUAUGGGACGUGAAGGACAAUCUGCUCGUCCGUACAUUUAGAGGGCACACCAACGAGAAGAAUUUCGUAGGCCUAACAGUCAACAAUGAUUUCCUAGCUUGUGGCAGUGAAACAAAUGAAGUCUCUGUCUAUCACAAGGCUAUCACGAAACCCGUGACAUGGCAUAAAUUUGGAUCCCCGGAUGUCGAGGACGUCGAGGAAGAUGCGGGAUCAUACUUCAUAAGCGCAGUAUGCUGGAAAGUUGGAAGUCCCACCAUAUUAGCUGCCAACAGUAGAGGAACAAUCAAGGUGUUGGCCCUCACUGCUUGAGAUAAGGAAGCAAACAGUAACUCCGGAGUUUGGACUACGAUUGUUCAAGUCGGAUUCUCUAUUGCAACAUUGUGCAACGUCGAAAUUCUUAAUUAUUUCACCAUAUCUCCGCCGAUUUCCACAAGAAUUUUUAAAAUUGAAAUCCAUCAAUCGUAAGAGAUGUUGCACAAUAAUGUAAUGGACGAUUCGGCUUCUGAUUAUUUCACAGUGGGUUGCGUUACUGCAUAUUCAUCGUGUA